CAACUCAUCUGCUAAUGGCUCUCACAACACGGCCUCCUCCACAACAGCCACCCUCUCCACCGCUGUAACCAUUACCUCGUUCCUCCGCUGCCAAUAAUCCACACAACCAGCCAAUUCUUUAUCUUCAGCCGUACUUUCCCCUGUAUAUCAACUCAUCUGCUAACGGCUCUCACGACAUGGCCUCCUCCACCACAGCCACCCUCUCCACCGCUGUAACCAUUACCUCGUUCCUCCGCCGGCAUCCGGCGGCGGCGACGACGACGACCCUAAGUUCCCUUCCAUUUAACCAAUCACUUUUCGGGCUAAAGUCCCAAAGAAAAGGCCGCUUUACCAUGGCUUCUCACAAAGUAACACUGAUAACUCCGUCGGGAACCAAGAAAUUCGACUGCUCGGACGGCGAAUAUAUCCUGGACCGUGCCGAGGAACUAGGAAUGGAUCUCCCGUACUCGUGCAGGGCUGGGGCUUGCUCUUCGUGUGCCGGACUGAUCAAAGAAGGCACCGUCGACCAAUCGGACAAUAGCUACCUUGAUGAUGAAAUGAUUGAUGCAGUCUUCGUCCUAACUUGUGUUGCCUACCCUAAGAGUGAUGUUAUCAUUGAGACACACAAAGAGGACGACCUAAUGUCUUAAAAUGUGUCAUUAAGGAUUUGUACUAUUCAAAAAAUUAAAAUUUAAUCCCUCUAUAUUUCAGAUUUCAAAAUUCAAGUUUGCUUGGUAAUAA